GAUGGAAGCGGAGGGGAGGUGAGGCACGCGCAACAUGUCCAGCUCUGUCUGAGUUCAUUUCACUGCAUUAACCCUUUCUCACCUGCAUGAAGACCCUCAUCCUAGACUGGGUCAUCAUUAGAGAAGAAGUGUGGACAGUUUGUGGACCCCCAGAUUCAUUCUUGGACACGAUAGAACUGGACAAAGAUGAGUGCCAUUGUCUUCAACAAACUGGAGGAGCACCUGCGCUUUGAGGAGAGUGGAAAAGAUGUAGAGAGGAACAGCCUGAACUAUUUAGAAGUGAUAGAUGGACAACAUCCAGAACUACUGUCCAGGCACAAGGGGGUGGACAGCGAAGGGGCUCUCAAGCACAGGAGGAAUGGUGGAGGGAAGGUCCGGCACAAGCGUCAGGCCCUGCAGGAUAUGGCCAGGCCGCUGAAGCAGUGGCUUUAUAAACACAGGGACAACCCCUACCCCACCAAAACCGAGAAGAUCCUACUGGCCCUCGGCUCCCACAUGACCCUGGUUCAGGUAUCAAACUGGUUUGCUAACGCUCGGCGCAGGCUGAAGAACACAGUACGGCAGCCUGACCUGAGCUGGGCUCUACGCAUCAAACUCUACAACAAGUACGUCCAGGGCAACGCAGAGAGGCUGAGCAUCAGCAGUGACGACUCGGCCUCAGAGGACGGUGAGAACGCUCUACAAAUGCAAGCGGGUGAAUCCAGCAGACCCAAAAGUGUGAUCCAGGACAGCCAAGGCUUAGGGGCAGGCCUGAGGACAGACACAUCGCUCUGUGGUGAUUACGUUUCACCGCCAAAGUACAAGAGCAGCUUGCUGAACCGCUAUCUCAAUGACUCCCUGCGGCACGUCAUGGCCGCCAACAAAGGCCUCGACUCCCGUAAGAGGCACCACUCGGGAUCCUUUAGCUCCAACGAGUACGACGAUGAGCUCCUGUCUCCAUCGUCCUCAGAGACUGAGGCCAACUUCACCUACCGCACAGAAUCCUUGGACUGUGGCUCACAUCCCUGUGAUAGGAGUGGCGGUGUUCGUAAAGGAGGGGUUCAUGGGAAAGACACCACCUACUGGAAGGAGAUCCAUGCUGCCAUGGCCUUGACUAACCUGGCCCAGGGUGAAGAGAGUGUGGGCACUACAGGGACGACCAGCUGCAUCAUCCAAAAAUCCUCCCAUAUAGCAGAAAUAAAGACUGUUAAAGUGCCGAUCGCACCCCGUCAUUAGCAGCUCAGUGCUUGAGCCCUAAUUACUAAGACAGAAGUCUGAGUGACAGAAAGUUGCCAAGAGACUCCCUAAAAACCCGU